GUUGAACAUUAAUUAGGUUUUGUUUGUAGCAUUGCUCAUUCAACAUUUGAAACAUGUAUUUUUGGUUUUGUCUUAAGUUUGAUGUUUUUGUUAAUUUCAGCUGAAAGUAAAACCAACAAAAGCGUCACUUCAGCUGAACAUAAAAGCUGUAUCAAAGCCAGUUGAUCAGGAAAACAGUGAAGAAAAACAGGACGAUUCUAAAUUGAAAUCCCCUCUCUCGUCACCAAAUUUUAGCCAAACUGAUGCCAAAGAUACUGAUAUUUAUUCUACCGGUGAAGUUAGGAGUUGUACCCCCCACCCCCACAGGUUACCCCUGUUAGCUGUUCCCCACCCCAGAGAGACGUCUUGAUAAGAAACUUUUCCCCACUGCAGAGCAAUAAUCUUCCAGCUAUCAGCCCUGAUCAAAAUGGCGGAUAUUCCGCAACGACGACUGGACAGGCGGACACAAAGGCAAACGCUGUUAAUCGCUUGUCGAACUUCUUUGGGAGCAUCAUGAAUGACGUGUCGUCUGUUUCUCCAACAUUCAGCCAUAGUGCAAGUCCAGAGGUGCAGACAGAGACGAAAAGCAGCUUUGUGGUUAAGAAGAGGGAAAACGGAAGUUUUAAGUCAGACAGAAAUUCAACAGGAGUUACACCAAGCCCCAAGAAAGAGUCAGGAGCAGACAGUGGGAGUCAACCAGCCGUUUCUGACUCUGGGUUUGACUUGUCAACAAUCCACAGAGACAUCAUCAUGUCGGCCAAAAUACAAGAGAUUGAGGAUGAGGAGGAGUUACACAAAAUGUUGAACACAACAGAUAAUUUUGAAGACAGAAAAAUGAUCCGUGCUAGAUUAAAGGAACUCCGUGAAAAGGCCAGAGAGGAAUGGGAAAGGGGUAGGAAAGAGCGGGAAGCUGCCGCAGUAGAUGUAGUGAAAUUACGCCAACAACGAGCAGAAGAGGACAAGAAGAGGAAAAUGCAGUCUUUUCAGACGCGUGCUGAAACGGCGGGGAAAGAUCUGGAAGAUAAAUACCUCGUCCAAACACAAAAAGAUCUAAAAGAUCGACAGCAAUUUGCCGCAGACGAGAAGCAGAAAAAAUUGGAGGCUUAUAAACAAAUUGCCAAAACUGGGUCGGGAGUUAGUGAAUCGAGGGUCACCACAUCAAAACAAUCCACCACAGAUGAUGUAGCCAAUAACCUGGCAAAUAAACUUCAGCAAGUCACUAGUCCGUACACGUCAGGCAAAAUAACGGUGCGAACCGAGUCCUGGAACAGCCAAGAGGGCAUGGUCAAGAAAACUGAAACAACACAGCGAUGGGGAGCUAACAAACCAGCUGGACCUAAGAGUGCUAUGGCUGCCUUCAAGCAGAUGGACGCUCUUAGCCCAGGAGCAGCAAAACCAAACGCCCUUGUAACUGUCUCAUUGGCCAAGAAAGCUGCGACCACGAUGCGACGCAACGCAGUUCAAAUUAAAGCUGAGAUUUUAGACUUUUGUAAAUCCAACACAGCUGAGUACAAGAAUGUCCAGAUAACAAAUUUCUCCAGCUCUUGGAACAACGGUAUGGCUUUCUGUGCUCUGAUACAUCACUUCUACCCUGAUUCUUUUGACUUCUCAACCCUUGAUCCAAAACAGAGGAGGAAAAACUUUGAGCUGGCUUUUGACACUGCAGAAAAAUGCGCCGAUAUCGCGCCAUUGUUAGACGUUGAGGACAUGGUGAAAAUGAAAAACCCUGACUGGAAAUGUGUGUUUACAUACGUGCAAAGCUUUUACAGACAUCUGAGGACACAUCCCAACUGCAAACAGAUCGUCCCACCUUCCCAGUAACCUAUCGCUGGAACACCGCAACACAGCCAAAAAAAACAGCGCUUUGAAAUAAGAAAGACUGAAUACAAAAGUCUGUCUGUGGGUUGGUUUUAGGUUGUAAAGUGUUUGCUCUUCAUUACAAGUGCCUGAUAUGUUUAAAAACACCCCUUGGAGAUAGUGGAGUAUGACCGAAGUAAAUUAGCUCCACUAUUAGACAACAUGGUUAAUAUGGGUCUAAUAUACUGUUUCUG